AUGGAAAGGACAAAUGGGUGUACAGGGAAGGACUAUGAAGCAGCGGACGAUUCAGAAGGGAUGUCAACCAUUGAAAUCAAAGAUGAGAGGGACGGCCAUAUUUUGUACCACGUGUCCGACGUCCCUCCCAUUCCUGCCACCAUCGUCUUCGCACUACAGGUUUUCUUGGUUCCGUCUUCAAAACCCUGUUUAACAGUUCAGUUCAUGUCAUGUGAAAUGUCGCUUCUCAACGAGCAUUUCAUCCGUACUAAUAUGACUGAAACCAAUCCAACAGUCAAUCUGGUGUGCGGUGUUCUGAUGACGGUGUCAGUUUUUCACGCAUUGGUCGGGGCCACGGGCCUGGGCGGACAGAUCCUCAGAAUUAUUGGCCCCCUCACUGUAGCCUCCUCUGGUGUUGUCAUGAUACUGAAGGUGGCGGAAGCUCUCAUCAAAUUCGUCAUCAUUCACCUUGGAAUUGCCUUUUUUACGCUGGCCACGUUACUCAUCCUGACAACCUUCAUGGUCAAUGUUCAAGUUCCCCUCCUCUACUGGAAAAGAGGUCAAGGCUGGAAAACGACAAGAUCAAGGUUCCUCAGAACAUAUGCUGUUUUAAUCAGUAUUGGCCUGGGCUGGUUACUUUGUCACGUUCUUACCGUAACCGGAAGACUUCCGGAGGAUCCGGACGACAUACAGUUCCACGCCAGGACGGACAGUAAAGCAGAUACUGUAGAACUGGCUAGCUGGUUUUACUUUCCUUAUCCAGGUCAGUUUGGUACACCGAGGUUCAGUCUGACUUUAUUCUUUGGGCUGUUGGUCGCCAUGAUCAGUUCUAUCAUUGACUCCCUGGCAGACUACAACAUCGUGACACGAAUUUGCCAGAUUCCGCGACCGCCAGCACAUGCUACAAACCGGGGUCUGCUAAUCGAGGGGUCUUGUAGCAUCUUGUCUGGGGCAUUUGGUGCAGGCCUCGCUACAUCCACUCAUAUUUCUGUGACAGGAUCGCUGGCUAUCUCGGGCGUUACCAGCCGGCGGGUGUUCCAGUGCGCAGGUUUGCUGCUCAUAUUUCUAGGGGUUGUCGGGAAGAUAGGCGCCUUCCUGGUGAUUAUUCCCAAGCCUGUGAUCGGUGGGGUUAUGUUGGUGAUCUUGGGGUCCGUCGUUGGGGUGCUGCUAGCGGAACUGAACCAGUACGAGAUGAAGAGGCCCCGGAACUGUAUGACUGUAGGACUGUCGAUACUGGUGGGUUACAUGAUACCUCAGCUGAUCAUCCGGAAUCCGGACAGGAUUAACACUGGAAUUCCGGAGUUGAACAAUGUAAUUAGAGCCAUGUUUGGAGCGCCAUUAUUUGUGGCCGGGGUGGUAGCCUGUUUCCUAGACAACACCUUACCAGGUGACCCUGGUCGAAAACCAGAUCUGCAAGAUGGAGAACCUAUAACUUCCGGUGAGAGGGCGCUGGCUGUCCAGCUUGGAACACAAACGGACGGAGUGGGCCAGUUAUGGAGCGCUGUGUCGCACAGCGAGGGAAAGGAGCUUUCCACCAGUGUCUUCUCCUACAACGCUCUGCAAGUCGGUCAUCAGACGGACGGCGCCACAGGUGGCCAUUGCCAUCUCAGAAAGCCAUUCCAAGCAAGACACUUCCGUAUAAAGGUGCAGAGCAUGACACCUCCAGAAUUUAGUGGGUUUGCCACCAGUUAA